AAAACCCAUUUGUGUUGAGAGCUGCGAGAAAAAGCAAGCCCCAGCUCAACCUCAGCUGAUUCCAGCUGCAAGCUUGCAGCAGUUUACAAUUGCGUCGUCAACGCUAUCUGGAUGCGUAACAUUUUUAGAAAUUUGAAGUGGAUUUGAUUUGGUAGCCAGAAAGAGCAUAAGUAGGGGUUGGGAAGUGUUAAUCUUCGUUGAAAGAGAUGUCAGACCUAGACCGGCAAAUCGAGCAGCUCAAGAGAUGCGAACCGCUCACGGAAACUGAGGUGAAGGCGCUUUGCCUCAAGGCAAUGGAAAUCCUCGUCGAAGAGAGCAAUGUUCAGCGCGUAGAUGCACCAGUCACCAUCUGUGGUGACAUACAUGGGCAAUUCUAUGACUUGAAAGAACUUUUUAGAGUAGGUGGUGAUUGUCCGAAGACAAAUUACUUGUUUCUUGGAGAUUUUGUUGAUAGAGGAUUUUACUCAGUCGAGACCUUUUUGCUUCUGCUUGCACUGAAGGUAAGAUAUCCUGAUAGGAUAACUCUUAUAAGAGGGAACCAUGAGAGCCGGCAGAUAACACAGGUGUACGGUUUCUAUGAUGAGUGCCUACGGAAAUAUGGUUCUGUCAAUGUUUGGAGAUAUUGCACUGAUAUUUUUGAUUACUUAAGCCUUUCAGCGCUCAUCGAGAACAAAAUAUUUAGUGUUCAUGGGGGUCUUUCACCUGCCAUUUCCACAUUAGACCAGAUACGUGUAAUAGACCGCAAGCAAGAAGUUCCUCAUGAUGGGGCCAUGUGUGAUCUUUUAUGGUCAGAUCCAGAAGAUAUUGUUGAUGGUUGGGGUUUGAGCCCUCGUGGAGCAGGUUUCCUAUUUGGUGGAAGUGUCGUCAGUUCGUUCAAUCACACCAAUAAUAUCGACUACAUAUGCCGUGCUCAUCAGUUGGUAAUGGAAGGUUAUAAAUGGAUGUUUAACAGCCAGAUAGUUACGGUCUGGUCAGCCCCAAAUUACUGUUACAGAUGUGGAAAUGUGGCUGCAAUCCUGGAGCUGAAUGAAAACCUCGAAAGUGAAUUCCGUGUUUUUGAAGCUGCACCACAGGAAUCAAGAGGAGCGCCUGUGAAAAAGCCACCUCCCGAUUACUUCUUGUAGGAGUGAAGUGCUAAUUUAUUGGAGAUUGUGGCAACAAUAUUAGGUGAGUUGUAAAUCUGCAGGCAAUGGUUGCUCACAACCUUACUUAGUGCUAGAUUCUGUUGUAUUUUCUAAAUUGUUUGCUGUUAGAAUAGAGGUGUUGUAUUUCAGAUGAUCAUUGUAUACAGACGUGGCCAUUCUCAGAAGCAGGAAAAAAUGGGUAAUUUCUCUGACAAACUUAAUGGGAAAUUGUUUCGAGCA